GAACACUUGUCAAUUUAUGAAGCUGGCAGAGAUGUGGGUAUUGGAUGCGAUCGCAGUGCGUUCCAGCCCUUUUCGACGUUUCAAUUAAACUGCUCGUUUUCUUCCCCAUUUUCUCCUCAAAAUCAAAUCGAAGAGACGUCCUUUUCUUCUCUGUACUCUCUCCUUAGUCAUGAGCCUCUUCGGUCUCGGCAGGAAUCAGAGGACAUUUCGUCCAAAAAAGAGUGCACCCUCCGGGAGUAAGGGGGCACAACUAAGACAACACAUUGAUGCUACUUUGGGUAGUGGGAACCUAAGAGAAGCCGUGAGACUUCCUCCUGGGGAGGAUAUAAAUGAAUGGCUUGCCGUUAAUACUGUGGAUUUUUUCAACCAGGUGAAUCUUCUUUAUGGCACCCUGACUGAAUUCUGUACACCGGAGAUUUGCCCAACUAUGACUGCGGGUCCCAAGUAUGAAUACCGAUGGGCAGAUGGUGUGCAAAUCAAGAAGCCUAUUGAAGUCUCGGCUCCAAAAUACGUUGAGUUCUUGAUGGAUUGGAUUGAAUCACAGUUGGAUGAUGAAUCCAUAUUUCCCCAAAGGCUUGGUGCGCCAUUCCCCGCCAAUUUCAGGGAUGUUGUGAAAACAAUAUUUAAACGUUUGUUUCGUGUAUAUGCUCAUAUCUACCAUACACACUUUCAGAAGAUUGUGAGUCUUAAAGAAGAAGCCCAUCUAAACACAUGUUUCAAGCAUUUCAUAUUGUUUACAUGUGAGUUUUCAUUGAUCGACAAGAAGGAGCUAGCUCCACUUCACGAGCUUAUAGAUUCCAUCGUCACUUAUUGAAAAACAUUAGUAACCAUUAAACUAUGAUUUUAUUUGAGAAUUGAAUAAGGGUGGUGUGGUUACAAAUGUUGUCGUUGAUGUUAUCUAAUGUAACUAGUAUUGUUUACUGGCUUGUAUGGUUUUUAGUUGAUAAUGCAUAAGUUUCAAACAAGAAUGGAAAAUAAGGUGUUGUGAACC